CUGGUCCACACAAUUCCAGUCAAGUCUAAAGACAGUAGUUGGAAAUCUUUGGAAAACCCCAGAAACAGGGAACUGUUUUUCCGAACAUUGCAGGCUUACUUAUCGGGGAGAGGCAUCGACGUGGGGAAGUUCUCCAAAUCUUUCAGGACUGACAACAGGGACUCAGCAGCGGCAGCUCCUCUACAGCGGGAUCACCUGGCUUCUGCCUUCUCUGACUAUAAAGCACAGGAGGAUUCCUUUGCAGCUUUCCUGGAGGGUCGAACAUAAUGGUUAUACUAACGUCUGUCAAACGCCCCCGUCUCUGGUCUCUCCUGAGCAGCAGGAAAUC